AGGCAAGCCUGCGAGGUUCAGCAGAUACAUAUAUGGGACGACAUGCACACGUCUACUGUGUCGCCGGUUCGCUCUGGCCCUUCAGACUUGGCGGGUCUGAAGGACGACUUUCACCAACUAGCGCUGCCAGAGUUGCAACAAAAGAAGGAGGUGAUGGAGACUCAGAUGCACACACUGAGUGCCGUUCUUGACUCGCAUGGUGUCGAUAUGCAUACCUCUCUCACGAGCAGGGACGGAUUUCCAAGAGCAGACAUUGACGUUGCUCAAGUGCGCAUGACUCGAGCCCAGGUAGCCCGUCUACGAAACGACCACAAGGCCCUCAUGUCUGUCCUUGAGGAGCGCCUCCAUGAACGGUUUGCGAGCACACUCACCACAGCAGAUGUUCCAAGAACUUCAGUCGACUUGUCUCCGGCCGCCGAACAACAGCGCCAUGGCACGCCAUUUGCCACAGUCAAUAGUGUGGUGCCUGGUAGUCCAGCCCACGUCUCUGGACUGCGACCUGGGGAUCAGAUCAUACGCAUCAAUCACGUCAGUCACUUAAACCACAAUGGCCUAAGGGAAGUGGCAGAUUGUGUGCAACAGCACGAAGGGCAAGCCAUGACAGUGGAGAUAUCUCGUUCGGCACAUAGAGAUUGGCGCCAACACCUACGGGUUAGCCUGACUCCAACCAGGCAUUGGGGAGGCCGCGGUCUCUUGGGUUGCCACAUUAUACCAUGUUAAGUUAUGUCACAGAUACUGUGUUGAACGGCCCGUAGUUCUUGCGGUGUCGAAUACAGCGUAACCGUCAAGGGUAAAUACGAUACAACCGGUUAGAUUGAGAGGUUCUAAAUUGAUUGUAUUGAAGCCGUGAAA